ACGUGCCGUGUAACGUCACCUGAGAAACUGCUUCAAGCUGUCUGCAGCAUCCUCGGCAUGCGCUUGCACAGAAAUCCGAUAUUCAGUUUAUUUUGUCUUAUUUUAACAGUAAGGGUUACGGUAUGGAUGUACUGUUUCAGUUCUAAGAAACGUCAUAUGGGUGUGUCUGUGGACUCUGACCCUUAUUGUGUUCUUAAAGUAGCCACUGCGCCCUGGAGCCGACUUGAUUUCUAUUCGUGUUAGAGUUUGUGAACAUUUUGUUUUUCUGGACGGAAAUUCGAUUGGGUGCGCCCUUGACUUGUUUAUUGACAGCGUUUCUUGUUUGUGCACUGAUUGUCCAGCCUUACUGGAAUCAGAAAAAAAGGAACGAAGGUGAAAAGCAUGAAAGAUGUCGGUAGCGGGACUGAAGAAACAGUUUCACAAGGCUAGCCAGUUGCUUAAGGAAAAGAUCAGUGGUGCUGAAGGAACAAAGCUGGAUGAGGAUUUCAUCAGAAUGGAAAAAAAAACUCAAAUCACCAAUAAGCUUAUUGCCGACCUUCUUACAAAAACAACAGAGCAUAUUCAGCCAAACCCAGCAUAUAGAGCAAAACUCAGCAUGCUCAAUAAAGUUUCUAGGAUUCGUGGAAAUGCAAGAUCAGCUGGAUACCCACAGACAGAAGGAAUACUGGGGGACUGUAUGUUAAUCUAUGGUGCUCAGCUUGGGGUGGAGUCUGCAUUUGGUAAUGCACUGGUGGACAUGGGACAGGCCUUGAAGCAGAUGGCAGAAGUAAGGGACUGCAUGGAUGUGCGUGUGAAACACAGCUUUAUCGAUCCACUUCAGAUGCUACAGGAAAAGGAGCUUAAAGAAAUUGCAUUCCAUCUGAAGAAACUUGAAGGUCGCCGUUUAGAUUUUGACUACAAGAAAGGUUCCAAAAGGAGGAUUGCAGAGGCGGACCUUAAACAGGCAUUAGACAAGUUUGAGGAAUCCAAAGAGCUGGCAAAAAGUAGCAUGUUCAACCUCUUAGAAAAUGAUGUGGAUCAAGUACGGCACUUGUUAGGUUUUAUUGAAGCAUCUAUGGAUUACCAUCAGCAAUCUCAUGACAUUCUGGAAAAUCUCCGAAGCAGUCUUCAAAACAAGAUUGCAGAUACCAGCAACAGACCAAAAAAGGAACUCAAAACAAAGUCGACCGCAAGUACAAUGUGUUGGACAGGCACUUAUGGGUUUUCUACAACUACAUCUUAUGACACUGAGAUAAAUCAAGAGCUGAGUGAAAAAAGCACCUGUAAUGAACCACUGGAUCAACCUUGCUGUCGGGCACUGUUCAACUUUAAGCCUGAAACUCAACGUGAGAUAGGCUUUAAGAAGGAUGACAUCAUUAUUCUCACUAGCCAGGUUGAUGAGAACUGGUAUGAAGGGCUGUUCAAUGGAGAGUCUGGCUUUUUCCCUGUCAAUUAUGUUGAGGUCCUUGUACCACUGCCCCAAUGACAACAGGUCCCCAGUUCACUGAGCCAUUACAAAAACUCCAUUUUAUUUUAUUGAUAAGUAUCUUUGUCUGAUGGAUGUGCUUCACAGUUCCCAGCUGCUCUCUUGGAUCUUUUUUCCACUAUGCAAGUAUUUGUAUAUAUUGUCUUGAUCUCUUCUUUACAUUUAAUUGCUUAUAUUAAAGAAACUAAUGAUGCAAUAUCAAGUAUGCAACCCUUGAAUGUUGAUUGAUGGUUAGGGCGAUAUGAGUGUUCAUUAUAUGUGGUAUUCAACACAAUGUACUAACAUCCUAAAUUGGUGAAUAUAGUUUAUGUAUAUAGACUUGCCAAAUUGUAUUAAGAAUAUAUGCAACCAGACAGCAAUAUUGUUAUAGCCUUUGGGGAAAGUGAUGCUGCUUUUUUUUUAUGAUAGCCAUACUGAAAACAUAGUUCCUGCAGUAUGUGGUUAAUAUUGUCGGCAUUUGCUAUUUGUUUUAGGGGAUAAUAUUUUGUAAAUUAAAUAAAUGGAAAUGAAAGAUAGUUUGCAAAUAAAGAUUGUAACACACCA